AUGCCGCCGAGUAUUCUGCCAUUUCUGUAUCAAACGAGGACAAUUCAACAUGGCCUUCGCCCGUCAACUUUUACGCGGGUCGUCAGACUAGCGCAUUCGUUCUCUCAUAACAAGCCAAGCUAUUCCAUCCCCUUUGACUGGGAAGAUGAUCCGCAUCAUGACGAAUUUUCGGCAUCAGCUUCCUCACAGUCGUCAACCAUCACCCCCUCGGAAGCCGAAGUCUUCAAGGGCAUCUUUGACGAGAUCUCGCAGGGAAGAAUGCCUGUUUCCAAAAAGAAAACCGCAUUCAAUGCGAUGAGGGAGCACGUCGCGCCCACGUCAGCAACUGGCGAGGGCCAAUUGGAUACCAAGGCCAGAUCAAUUGUCGAUCAGGCAAGACUGACGGAUUUUCGCGACAAGUUUCUGAGCCGAUACCCAUCGUCACUUCGCAAUGCCGCGCAAGUGGCAUUAGGCCUAUUUGAGGUGCCUGCGAAUGAAGAAGGAACUCGCACCUUCAUGGAGCUUAAAGAAGCAGAUGCUGCCAACUGGGCUGAACGGGUCAUGUAUGAUCAACUGCGAUCGGAGGAAAGGGGGCGUGUAGAUGGUCUCAUGAACGACUGCGCCACAGACACUGAGCUCUGGAAUCUGAUGGAGCGAGAGGUCUUCACCCUACCGAAACGGCUUGGAAUUCUUCAAGGCGAUGUGGCGGCUUCACCCAAAAGUAAGAAGAAGAAGAAGAGCACCAAGACAAAAGGAAAGUCUGUGGCAGAGGAGCCAAUCGAUGAUCCCGCUACUUCACCCGAAUCAAACUCGGAACGACGCCUGAUGGACAUUCAUGGGCGACUCUACCCUCAUUUCAUUUACAAUGGUCUGAAACUCUUGGAUACAAAGUUUAAGCGCUCUUCGCCCUACACUUUCGAAAUUCUCCCUCGCGUCAAGGAGCUGGGCCUGCCAUCAUACGUUCUCGGCGUGUCAACCUCUUUCUAUUCUAGACUUGCUUCCCUCUACUGGACCAGGUUUGGCGAUUCAAAUGCGGCGCUGAGUGUGCUUCAAGAAAUGCUCUCUUCUGGUCUGUAUGCCAAUGACGAGUCCAUGGAAGUGGUGGAGAGUAUCCGCGACCAUCUCCAUGGAUGUACCUGGGGCGCGCAGGGACCAUUUGUCAUGGCCAUGAUGGAAUCUUCGCCAUAUGAUGCAAGCCUAUCGCAGAGGCUCGAAAACAUGAGACGAUAUAUCCGGACUUCGAUCGCUCAAGAAAGGCAAGAUGGCGCAUGA